AUGGCAUCAGUGGAUAGCCUCACGGCUUCCUUCUACGACAAUGAACAGUACUCGGAUAUCACCAUCAAAUUCGGCGAACAUCGGAUCCGCGCGCACAAAGUCAUCCUCGCGCAGCAGUCUGGAUACUUUGCCACUGCAUUUCUCGGUCUCUUCCAGGUUGCAUGGAACACUGUCGUCGAUGUGGGCGAUGAAGACGAUCCUGGACUGCUUAUGGAUGUGAUCAAAUAUCUGUACCACCAUGGAUCCAUCUAUGAUCAGAUCAAACGCCCGGUUCGAACGAUUGCUCUACAGAAGCUCAUCGAUGUUUACUUGCUGGCUGAUAAAUACGACAUUCAAGGCCUUCGUCGAAGAACAGCCGCGGCUUUCAAUGAAAUGGCACUCACCGACCUUCGUAACUUGCAGAACUUCUUUAAUGAUAAGAGGUUCUCCGACGUCUCUAUCGUUUACGGCGAGAAACAGUCGAUUGCGGCUCACAAAAUCGUUCUCGCAACCCACUCGCGCGAGUUUCAGACUAUGCUCGCAGGCUCACCUAAGGUCAGUGAGAUUGACCUCAGUAAUGAGCAUUGCUCCGCUGCGGUCGCAACUUUCAUAGAAGACAUGUACAUCCCCGAAUUCCCGGUCCCCGAUGUCAAGCAUGAUCCAUCAUUCUUCGCUGGACUGUACCUGCUUGCGAGAAAGCAUGGACUCGAGACAAAGGCUCGUGCUUAUCUGAGACGCUUCAAUACCGCGAUGUAUCAAGAGCCAUAUACGGAAAAGUACCUCGCUUAUAUUGCAGAUUUCUGUGGGCCAGGUUCAUACAGAUACAUUGACACAGAGCUUCCAGAAGAAGCUUUUGCCAAUUUUCUAGAUCGCAUCAUCGAAUUGAGAGACGAAAGAACAAAGAAACUCCCCUAUGAGACGCUUGGGCAGAAACUUAAGGAUGGAUCUCUGUUCAAUGCCAUGUUCAUGGGGCGCUUCGCUAACGAGAUGACUUCUCGUUAUUUAGGAUGUGAGUUGGGCGAUGAUUGA